AUGUCUACUAAUAUUUUCGAAGGCUUGCAGUUCACGAACUCCUUGCCGCCUGCCAGCUUCCUGAAGCCCCAGCCGGAGUCGGAGCCGCCUCCUCAGCCUCAGCAAAAGAAAAGAACUCAAGUGGCCCAGGCUUGCGACUGGUGCCGUGCUCACCGUAUCAAGUGUGACAGUGACCGCCCGUGCACAAAUUGUAAAAAGAGAGGCGGACCCUGUAGCAAUAGUAGGCCAGUGCGGUCUACCCUGCCCCAAGCGUAUCGGGAAAUAGAGAGCUUGAGGCAGAAAAUCCAGGAGCAGGAAGCCGAGCUUCAGCAAUACCGGAGCGCUGAGAAGCCCAUCGUUGUACAUGGGCUCCCAACACCGCCGAGCUUGAUCUCGCCUCCCUCGACGGAUCAUCAAACCAGAAGCACUCUUUCUGACUAUUCUUCCAUAGCCAGCGGUCGCCCAAAGAAUGCUUGGGAGGGCAUCUUCAUCAGCACUGCACGGUCGUCACAGCAGACAUGGUACGGACCCUCAUCGCUCUUCUAUUUCAUCGGGUGUAUGAACACCUUCUUGACUUCUACGCUUAACCAAACGCACCCCAUCCAUCAAAUGCUGCUCAGGUCCACCAAUAAUUUCUCGGAUGGACCGAAUACUGUCUGUGAGGAAGGCACGCAGCCAUCUCACUCCGUGGUCCCAUCGGACGACCCCAUCAGCGAGAGCGUAUGUUUGACUGCGACGCAAGAAGAGUAUUUUCUUAGUCUCUUUUGGCAAUCUUACUAUAACUCAUAUCCUAUUCUUGAUGAGUUAGAGUUCAAGAAACAUUAUCAGUCCUUGUGGGCGACAUCCGACAAGGAACGAAAAUCAUCUGCGCUGGUAGACAUUGUCCUUGCAUUAUGCAUGCAAUAUGGCAUGGCAAAGGUCACCAACACCGGACGACCCGGCGCUGGCUCUAGAGAAAACCCCAACACUCAGGAUGCCAGCAUUGCCGGACGAUGGCAUUAUCGACGCUGUCUGAAACUGUUGGCAGGAGAGCUCGAGAACCCCGCCAUAUCAACAGUGCAAUGUCAUGUCCUCUGCUGUAUAUACCUAUGCUGCGGAUCCUUCCAUAAUAUGGCAGAUAACGCCUGUGGUCUUGCUGUGCGUACAGCAAUCAUGCUCGGCCUUCAUCUCGAACCCCCUCAGGAUAUGCCUAGUCGCGAGAGAGAGUUACGAAAGCGCCUAUGGUGGACUCUGUAUGGUCUGGAGACAAAGAUGAGUAUGAAGCUCGGUCGUCCAUUCUUAGUACAGGACGAUUAUACUACAUGCAGUUUCCCCGCCGAUGAUCUUGAAACUGCCAUGCUUGCAGGGUCUAGUUUUGCACCUUUGGGAGAUAACGUCACCUGGCUUACCUGGAGCUUGCAUAACACCAAGCUGUUGCUAGCAGCCCGACGUGCUCACACUGCUGUCCUCAAUCAUGGACCUAAUUCCUUGAAUGUGUGUAACUCGGAGCCUGUUACUGAGCUGAUGGAUGAGUGGUUGAGGGGCGUACCUGAAGCCCUCAAAACAAGACGACAGAACAAUGCUUUACACCAGUGUGGCUGCAACGACAACGACUUCUCCUUGAACUCAUGUACCAUAAUCUGUGCACAAACCUGUACCGUCCUUCGGUCUCGUUCGUCCUCACGCAGUCGCCUUCUCAUCUUGCAGAAAGGACUGCAAUGA